UUCUUAUCGGUCUUUUCGGUAAUUUCCUGAUAUCAACUAAUUGAUAACUCUUUUAUGCAUUUUCUUUUGUCGGACAGUGUAUGGGAAAGGUUCAUCAAGGAAGAUCGGUCCCAUGAAUGGAAACCGAAGCUGACAUGGCGUGCAGCCAAAAAAUGCCCGCAACAACCAGAGGAGACUAAUCUAUGUGGAUACUACGUUUGCAAGUUCAUCAACAGAAUUGUCAGCGAGAGAACGAAUAAUCAAAGAAAUAAAGAGUUGGCAAGAAAGCGGGACAGGAUCUCAAUCGAGGAACGCUUCAAAGCAAUUGGCGAUGAAUUGGCGGGAUUUUUCCUUCGGGGCGUCAUACCGCCAUUCGGAGAGUUCCACUAUGAAUGAAGUUGUACAUGUAACAUAUAGUUUGACUCGGAGAGUACCACUAUGCUACAUGUAAUAGAUAGUAUGCCUCGGAGAGUACCACUAUAUAUGCAUGAAGAUCGAUCUUCAUGCAUAUAUACUACUUAGUUUGCGAUCUUAUGCAAUUACAUGUGUUAUAUUAU